UGAAUUUUCUAUUAUUAAACAAUAUGGCGACUUGCACAAGCGAUUUAUUAUGACAUGAUGCUGGAUCUAUUUAAUUAAGUGGAGUUGAACGCAGGUCAAACACUCGAUCAUAAUAUUCCUGAAAAAAGCACACAAAUGAAAGCAAUUGUACGUUCUUAAACUUUUAUUUGGGAUACUAGAUUUCUAGAUCUUGUCAAGUUCCUGGGUUGUCGGCUAGGCAAGAGCUCGACGAAGUCGGAUAGAAGGAACUUGAACGUGAUUCUUGAUUUUUUACAAACUUGCUGCAUCUCGAAUUCCACCUGAAUGACAGUUUGAAUAGAUUUUGACGGUUUGAAUGAGGUUGAAAAAUAGUGUUGUCAGUCAGUCUUCCUAUCCAGACCUUAAAUGCCUUUAAAAAAAGAUUUGAGUUACAAUAGAUUCAAUAGAUUUGUCUGGGCCUACACUCCUGUGCUUUUUUUUACCAUAAUAAACGUCAACAAUACAAUUUUAUAGUCUAGAUUCUAAUUCUAGAUCUACGAUCAUGGCAUCGUUCAAUUUCCAAAUAUUUGAAAAGACAUCGUUGGAGGAUAUAAAACUUCUACUAUGGGGUGCAUCCUUGAAAGAAGAAGUGUUUUCUCGAUGGUCCCAAGGUUUUAUUUUUAGCGAGUCAUCUCCAACUUCCUUGAUUCAGUUUGAAGGAGGACCCUGUGCAGUUAUUGCUCCUGUACAAGCUUUCCUUGUAAAAUGUGCGUUAUUUGGCCAUGGAAUGCCGAACAUGGAUGCCCUUACGUCCGUAUCAAGUGAAGGAGCCAGUAAUCUGUUGCUCGAAGCUUUGGUAGAAAUCUUAUCCCAAAUGAAUUCCAGUGCAUAUGUCGUCGUUUCCUUUGAUGAAAAAUCUGUGAAUGUUAAAGAGACUUCUUCAAAUCAACAAGCAGAGGAUGAGAUGGGAGGACCCAGCAAGUCCUUACAGUCGGAGGAGUCAGCUCAAAUUAAGACAGAUGCCUCACUGGCAAAAUCUGACCUAUCUUUCCAUGCCAAUUUAAGAUACUGCUGCUGCAAUGAUCUGACAGAUCUGAGAACUCUUCUCAAACAAAUGUUGCCACAAUUGCAUUCCUGUUAUGGUGUUUUACUUUACUUGUAUUCUAUAUUAUGCACAAAGGGAAUCGAGCAAAUAAAAAAUGAAGUGGAGGACCCUUCAGAACCUCUUAUUGAUGGUAUCUAUGGACAUGGGAGUCAAAGCUUGAUCAACUUGCUGCUCACAUCACAUGCCACUUCCAAUGUGUGGGACAAUGAUAAAGAAAUCUCCGGCUUGAAACUCAGAGGUCUACUUCAGCAGCCUACGAUAGGGUUUCUCACCCUGCUAGAGCACAUGCGAUAUUGUGAGGUUGGAUGGUAUUACAAGAAUCCAAAGUUUCCUGUGUGGCUGUUAGGAAGUGAGACACAUCUUACAGUUUUGUUUUCAACGACAGAGAGCCUUGUGGUGAAGGAAACUCCAGGAAGAAAUGCAAACCUUAUAUUUGCUCAGUUUGACCCAGAGGGCAAUGGUUUCAUCUCUUCGUCAUUACUAGACGAUGUCAUGAGAGCCCUUGAUCUAGUCUCAGAGAAAGAAUACGUUGACAUAAUGAGGAUCAAGCUAGAUGCGGAGGAGUUGGGUAUAAUUACAAGGAACAGCUUUAUGGAGGAGUUUUUCCCAGAGGAGCCUACAGAGCAAGUUCAGUCUUUCAGUGUGUACCACCAUAAUGCUCUACCACAGUCUUGUACAGAAGGAAAGGUGAUGUUUGUGGAGGGUCGUGCUAAACUGGCUGAUGAAAUUGACACCCAGUUUAUCUGUGACACCUCGCCUAUGGCUCUGUGUCUUCAAACAAAAUGGCCUUCCAUUGAGGUUACCUGGUCAAUAGGGGCUCCUCCAUCCCUGAACUGAUAGAUUGUGUUAUACUAACAUCUUGAUUUUCCAAUAAAUUUCUUAACUUUCCUUUUUAGUUUUCCUCAAAAUCAAAGAGUUUUAUUCAUUUCCUAAAAUUCGCCAUUACAUAAUGUGAGGGAAAGGUUCUAGAAAACUCAUACAGAGAUAUAUGUUUGGAAGUUCAUGGUAUGUAUUAAAUGUUACCAAUUGAAUAGAGAAAUGUUUUUAGUUUUAAGAGGCAAGAUGAAGAAUCAUUUUUUUCACUAAAAUUGAGAAACUCCAACUCAAAUAUAAAAAGAAGCUCUUGCUUUUUUAAUUAUUCCGUUCUGAAGUUACUACAUUGAGCUAUGACUUUUACAUAGUUUUUACAUAGUUUUCAGGGAACAGGUCUUGAAAAAUAUCCCAGACGUACCCGACGAUUCACUCUAUGCUUUGUAAACAUGUUUUACAAAUGAAUAUAAUUGUGAUUGUUAUUUAUGUGUUAUAGAAUAAUCUCUCUUGUGUGAGAAGGACUGGUUGAAACUUGGUAGCGUGGUUGUUCGUUAUAUAUAUAUGCAACCGUGUACAUGCAUACAGUUGUCACAAAUAUUUUCUCCUUUAGUUGUAUUUCGUAAGUGUCAUUCAUUCCAUAAUUGUUCAAAUCAGUUCCUUGGAGUUUUGACAUAAUUCAGUUAUAUAAAUUCGAAUAAAGAGGUCAAGGAGUAUCUUUAGUAAUCUUACAAUAUAGUUUCAUUCUGUUUUGUUAUUUUCUUCCUAGUUUUGAAUUAAAAAACGAUGAAUGCCCAAGUGAUGGUUCUGAUCUGUCUGCUCUCUUUUUCUUUAAUUUUCACAAAACUUCAUGAAAUGAAUUAAGCUUUUGUGGAAUGACCCUAACGAUGUACAGACUGGGGAUUUUUAUUUGUGUGUGUGUGUGUGUGUGUGUGUGUGU